AUGAACAAAAAUAUUACUCCCGAACCUAAAAAAAAACUAAAAAAACUCAGUCGUGAAGAAGAAAGAAGAUUAUUAGUGCUGGGUAAAAAAGGCUUAAAGUUACAUAGCGAAGGAAAGAAAGUACCUGCUCAGUCAUCAGAGGCGAUAAGUAAACUUAUCUACUAUAAUCAAAACUUAAUUAAAUAUAUGGUAAGACGUUAUUCAUUUUCUUUUUACUCCGGGCAAAUCGAUUAUGAAGAUUUAGUAGCUGAAGGAACUAUUUCCCUACUAAAAGCUAUUGAGAAAUUUGACCUUAACAGCAAAUUUCUCUUUGACACCUAUGCUGCAAAUAAACAUAAAAAAGAUGUAGUUUUUUAUGAUAGUAGUUAUCAAAAUCAAGAUGAACAAAAUAAGUCUUAUUCCUUGAUUGACACACUGGAUGAUAGUGAGAAUUUAAAAGUUGACAAUGAACAAAUCCGACAAAGGGACACUUCCAUUCAAGUAAAUAGCCUCAUUAAUUUAUUAGAAGAUAAGGAGAAAAUUUUACUGAUUAGACUGUCACACAAAAUUGUUCCUACUAAUUUAUUAGAUAUAUACUAUAUUGCGGAAAAAAGCGAGCAAGAAGAACUAAAAAAAUCUGUUAAAAUGGGUCGAAAAAAAGACUUAAAUGUACUAGCGGGUUAUUCCUUGCAAGAAAAAGCAAUUAGUAAUCUGCCUAUCGUCAAAAAAUAUUUAACAAUGUUUACUAAAGAUUACAAAUUUUCUGAACUAACUGGAGUGCUUAACAAGUCAGAGAACUUACUUCGAAAAUUAAAGAAAGAAAGUUUUAAGAGAUUACAAGAGUUAACUGAAGAAAGAAACGGAUUUCAGCCGAAUGAAGAUGCUACCGCGGUUAAAUUAUUAAAAAAAAAAGGAUAUAUUUGUUUGGGAAAAGCUGAUUUGGAUGAGUUUGCUUGUGGAGGUUCUGGUUUGUUAGCGAACAAGGGUGCUUUGACUAAUCCUUAUAAUUCUCAGCACAUCGUGGGGGGUUCUUCUUCAGGUUCUGCAGUCGCUGUAGCUCAGAACUUAGUUCCUUUUGCAUUAGGGAGUGAUACCGGUGGUUCUGUACGUUGUCCAGCGGCUUAUUGCGGGAUAGUGGGCUUUAAACCUUCGUAUGGUUUAAUUUCUCGUUAUGGUUUAAUUCCUUUUGUUUCUUCCCUUGAUACCAUUGGCAUUUUGGCUUCCCGGGUAGAAACGGUAAAAAAAGUUUUUUCGGUGCUUAAUCAGAAGGACUCUCGGGACUUAUUAACACUUACGAAAAAAAAGAAAGUUAAAUUUCUAAAGAAAACUAAAAAAAUUGCUAUUAUUCAAGGCCUGGAAGAGCAUUUAGAAAAAAACUUCAAAAAAUUAUAUCACCAAACUAUAAAUGUUUUAGAAAAAGAGGGAUAUAGAGUUGAAGAGGUAGAAUUACCUAAGGAAUUAAAAGAAAAUUUACAAAUUACUUACUUAAUUAUUUCUUGUAGUGAAUUGUUAAGCCAUUUAAAUUCUUUGCAAGGAGUAACUUAUGGCACCAAAGAAAAUAAUUCUAUUUUUGAAAAAAGAAAUAAUUUCCUAGGGCAAGAAGUAAAAAAACGUUUAUUAAUAGGAGCUUAUUUUCUAGAAAACUUAGAUAUGAAUAGUUCAGCUCCAAAAAUUAAUGAAAUUUCCUCUGCUUUUGCGGGAAGCCAGAUAAUCCAUUGGAGCGAUAAUUUAUUGCUCUUGGCUAACUUUGCGGGUAUUCCUUCCCUAAGUCUACCAAUUGGAGUUGUUAAAGGGUUGCCAGUUAGUAUGAAUGUAAAUGCUGCUUAUGGAGAUGACCGGGAAUUGCUAGAAAUUGCUGAAUUAUUAGGAAGAAAAAUUAAAUUUCACUAA